CCGCUUAUCACAGCACAAUUUGUAACAUGCCGUAAUUUCUUAACCGGUGUGCGUGCGUGCUUGCGUGUGUGUGUGUGUGUGUGUGUGUAGCCCCGGAAAUCAAAUGUCAUUACCCAACGCGGCUAAUUCGGCGAUUCUUCCUGCUCUUUCGCUUUGUGACCAUGCCAGCGGCGGGGACCAGCCGCACCUUCACGAUCGGAUCCUCGGCGUCGCUGCCCGCUGGCACUGAGGGAGCCCGCUAGGAUAGUCCGCUGGAUGGUAUAGCUGGCAGAGACUGCAGUUGUCGUUGAUCGGCUGCCCAGAGUCCCCACUGAGAAGUAGAGGAGGAAAUACGCCAAGAUGAUGUGCGAGGUGAUGCCCACCAUCAGCGAGGAUACGGCGCUGAAUCAGCGUGGCUCUCAGAGCAGUUCCUCGGACCCGGACUCCCACUUUGAGCAGCUCAUGGUCAACAUGCUGGACGAGAGGGACCGGCUGCUGGACACGCUGAGGGAGACCCAGGAGAGCCUCGGCCUGGCCCAGCAGCACCUUCAGGACGUCAUCUAUGACCGGGACUCUCUGCAGCGCCAGCUCACCUCCGCCCUGCCACAGGAGUUUGCGGCGCUGACCAAGGAGCUGAACGCCUGCAGGGAGCAGCUGCUGGAGAAGGAGGAGGAGAUCUCUGAGCUCAAAGCCGAGAGGAACAACACCAGGCUUUUGCUGGAGCAUCUGGAGUGCCUGGUGUCCAGACACGAGCGGUCACUUCGCAUGACGGUGGUCAAGCGGCAGGCUCAGUCUCCCUCAGGAGUCUCCAGUGAAGUUGAGGUCCUCAAAGCACUCAAGUCUUUGUUUGAACACCAUAAAGCCCUAGAUGAGAAGGUAAGAGAGAGACUACGGGUGUCACUCGAGAGGGUGUCCGCCUUGGAGGAGGAGCUCACAGCAACUAAUCAAGAGAUUGUGGCCUUGCGGGAACAAAAUGCUCACAUUCAGAGAAAAGUGGCUUCUGGGGACGGAGGAGAGGACAUACUGGAGGGCAGUGAAGCUCAACAGAAGGUCCAUGGCAAGCGCCUGUCCAACGGCUCUCUGGAGUCGGCCCACGAGGCGAGCCAGGUGGUGGAGCUGCAGGACCUCCUGGAGAAGCAGAACUACGAGCUGGCUCAGAUGAAGGAGCGCAUGUCCUCCCUCUCCUCCCGGGUCUCGGAGGUGGAGCAGGAGCUGGAGACCGCCCGGAAGGACCUCAUCAAGUCGGAGGAGAUGAACAACAAGUACCAGAGGGACUUCAAAGAGGCCAUGUGUCAGAAAGAGGACAUGGAGGAGCGGAUCGUAACGUUGGAAAAACGCUACCUGAGCGCCCAACGAGAGUCCACCUCGGUGCACGACGUCAACGACAAACUGGAGAACGAGUUGGCCAAUAAGGAGGCUUUCCUAAGACAGAUGGAGGAGAAGAACAGGCAGCUACAGGAGAGGCUGGAGCUUGCAGAGCAGAAGCUCCAGCAGACCAUGAGGAAGGCGGAGACGCUGCCAGAGGUAGAGGCUGAACUGGCCCAGAGGAUAGCAGCCCUCACCAAGGCGGAAGAGCGUCACGGGAGCAUUGAGGAGCGGAUGAGGCACUUGGAAUGCCAGCUGGAGGAGAAGAACCAGGAGCUGCUACGGGCUCGACAGAGAGAAAAGAUGAAUGAGGAGCAUAACAAGAGACUGUCGGACACGGUGGACAGACUCCUCACAGAGUCCAACGAGCGUCUACAGCUCCACCUGAAGGAGAGAAUGGCAGCUCUAGAAGAGAAGAAUUUGUUAAUCCAAGAUUCAGAAGGUUACAGAAAACAAUACGAAGACUCAAUCCAUGAAAAAACACAUCUGGCAGAAGAGAUUGAGAAACUGAGAUCAGAGCUGGACCAAUUCAGAUUGAGGGCAGGCUCCCUCACAGAACCCACCCUGUCACGGUCUCAUCUGGACACGUCAGCUGAGCUUCGAUUCUCGUUGGGAUCUCUGGCUGAAACCCAGUCGGACCACUACCGCUCUGCCAAAGUCAUCCGGCGGCCAAGGAGAGGUCGCAUGGGUCUGCGUGAAACCAAGGCUAAAUCACUGGGGGAACACGAAUGGCGCUCACAGCAGCUCGGGGUUCUGGGAGGCCAUCACUUUGAGAGCGACACGGAGAUGUCCGACAUCGAUGACGAUGACAGGGAAACGAUGUUCAGCUCCAUGGACAUGCUCUCACCCAGCGGCCACUCCGAUGCCCAAACUCUGGCCAUGAUGCUGCAGGAGCAGCUGGACGCAAUCAACAAGGAGAUUCGGCUGAUCCAGGAGGAGAAGGAGUCGACGGAGCUGAGGGCGGAGGAGAUUGAAAACCGAGUUGCCAGUGUCAGCCUCGAGGGCCUCAACCUGGCUCGAAUGCACCACCACGGAGCCUCCAUCACUGCCUCAGCCACCGCCUCCUCCUUGGCCUCCUCCUCCCCGCCCAGCGGACACUCUACCCCCAAACUCGAUCCUCGAAGCCCCGCCCGCGAUAUGGAGCGCAUGGGGGUCAUGACACUGCCCAGUGAUCUGAGGAAACACCGGAGAAAGAUAGCAGCCGUGGACGAGGACGGCCGCGAGGACAAGGCCACCAUCAAGUGCGAGACAUCCCCCCCGCCAACGCCGCGCACUGUCCGAAUGACACACACACUGCCAGCCUCCUCGCACAAUGACGCACGAGGGAUCGUGUCCUCUCUGGAGGCUGAGGCCAGCGCACUGAGUAGUGUAGCCAGCAGCCAAGACUCCCUCCACAAGCAGCCAAAGAAAAAAGGCAUCAAAUCCUCUAUCGGACGGCUUUUUGGCAAGAAGGAGAAGGGCAGAAUGGCACAUCUGGCACACAGACAUGUCAUGGUAGAUCCCCAAGCGACCAUGAUGGACCCAGACAUGGCAGGCCAGGACAUGGGGAUGGGCAAGCUGGGAGCUCAGGCUGAGAAGGACCGGAGGUUGAAAAAGAACGGACACGAGCUAUUGGAGGAGGCCAGGAGAAAGGGUUUACCUUUCGCCCAAUGGGAUGGCCCUACAGUUGUAGCCUGGCUGGAGCUGUGGUUGGGAAUGCCGGCCUGGUACGUGGCGGCGUGUCGCGCCAACGUGAAGAGUGGAGCCAUCAUGUCGGCCCUCUCUGACACCGAGAUCCAGAGGGAGAUCGGUAUCAGUAACCCUCUGCACCGCCUCAAACUUCGCCUGGCCAUCCAGGAAAUGGUUUCCCUCACCAGCCCCUCUGCACCGCCCACCUCCAGAACCCCUUCAGGCAAUGUAUGGCUGACCCAUGAGGAGAUGGAGACCAUGGCAGCCCCUUCCAAAACGAAGUCCGAUUCAGAAGAGGGCAGCUGGGCACAGACUCUAGCUUAUGGCGACAUGAAUCAUGAGUGGAUAGGGAACGAGUGGCUGCCCAGUCUAGGACUACCUCAGUACCGCAGCUACUUCAUGGAGUGCCUGGUGGACGCGCGCAUGCUGGACCACCUAACCAAGAAGGACCUUAGGGUGCAUCUCAAAAUGGUGGACAGCUUCCACAGAACAAGUUUACAGUAUGGAAUCAUGGGUCUGAAGAAGCUCAACUAUGACAGAAAGGAACUGGAGAGACGCAGGGAGCAUAGCCAGCACGAAAUGAGAGAUGUACUGGUGUGGAGUAAUGAGCGGGUCAUCCGCUGGGUGCAGAGCAUAGGCCUGAGAGACUACGCCAACAUCCUGCUGGAGAGCGGUGUGCAUGGAGCUCUGGUCGCCUUGGAUGACAACUUUGACUAUAGCAGUUUGGCGCUACUCCUCCAGAUCCCCAACCAAAACACUCAGGCACGUCAGAUUCUGGAGCGAGAGUACAAUAAUAUGCUGGCGCUGGGCACCGACAGGAGACUGGAUGAGUGUGAAGACAAAGACUUCCGAGGUCCAUCGUGGAGGAGGCAGUUCCCGCCCAGAGACGUUCACGGUAUAAGUAUGAUGCCCGGAUCAGCGGAGACGCUCCCUGCUGGAUUCCGUCUCACUGCCACGUCUGGUCACUCCCGAAGAUUGCCCCCCGAGGUCCUCUAUGAGGCGCUGGAUGACAGUCCUGACGACAUGUAUUUGGAUUGGUUUCAAGUUGGACCGUCUGCAGUGCAGCGGCUGGACAGCUCCACGCACCCUGCGGGCUGUUUCUAAGGAUUUCAUCAGCACACCCACAUAACAAAACAAAAAAAAAGAAGACAGAACACAGUGCAAAGAUCAGUGAGAGCAAAGGGUUCAAUUCUGUAGAUGUGCACAAGAAACAAAAACUGAUGGUAUAACUAGUUUCUGCGCCCAGAAUAUCUCACCUUUAGCUGCUGAACGUAUUUAUCUUUUCCCCUGCUGUAAGCUGUCAACACUACAAACGCAUACAGUGCAAGAUUUGCAUAGAGGCACCCAGAAAGAAAACACCUUUUGCGACUAUACCACUUCCUCCAUUUCAGACUCAGCUUUUUAAGAUUCUUUGCAAAACAUUCACACAGGAUAUAAUUGAAUAUUUAGAAAAUCUCAGUUGCUAAAGAUGGAACUACACACACACUAUUUCUGAAAAUAUGUGAUCCAUCUUGUUUAGAGAAUGCUGAAAAUGAAGGUCAAAAGUUCACAUUUUAUACUGCUUUAAAGAACUAAAUUAGCUAAUACUAUUUCCAAAGUCACCUUCCAAAUUGCAAGCCCGGAUUUCAAAUAUUAGUCUUGGCAUGUUAUAAUUUACGUUUUUCCGCAUUUUCUUUAGAAACCUUACCAACUUUACAGUACCCCUAUUGAAAACUUCUCAUUCUGCUUCCCUUCAGGUACAGUUCUGAAUGGAGAUUAACUAGUGGAGCUGCUGGACAGGCAAUCCUGCUGAGGAACAAACCCUUCUGACGACACGCACUGCCAAGAAGCCCUCCUCUCCUCUCCCCUCCGACCCCCUUCCCCGACCUACUUCUCCUCCUGUGGGCACCAGAUGCCGGUGCUAACCAGUCCUGCAGGCUGUCCUGUUGUCAGCAUUUCUACCUUUUACAUGUACAGAAACUUGUCGAAGCAUAACGUACUGUGUAUUUCUUCUACAGGAGAUGUGUAGGUUAUCUGUAAAUAAAUAUGCCAUUUUUUUAAAUAUAUACACACAUCUAUGUAUAAAAAGAAAAAAAAGAUAUUCAGAGUUUGUGCAAAAAACAUCCCUGCCACCUCAUUUAGUGGACCAUAGAUUAAUAUAUGCUGCUCUUAAAACUGUCUCCCUAUUACCCUGUGCUCUCUAGAUCAUUUUGUACAUAUGGUUUUAUUUUUUCAUUGUGCUAAUGAUGACGAUGAACCUGUGCUGCACCAGAGAGAGAGAGAAAGAAAAGGAGACUGGAUGUGGUGUGAAAACCUGCCCUCUAGUGGUGUACAAAAACCACUCUGAGCCCCAUUUCUGGCACCAACAAACUUCUUUCUUAUGGACUCGCUGUCAUCAAGGAGUAUUUUAAGAAGACAUGUCGAUGCACUGGAAUGACAUGACAAGCACUUUGAUACAACCGCAUCAACUCAGACUAUUUAGUAGCCAAGGACAAAACAAGAGAUGCCAUUGCUCUCCGAAGUUGCACAAAACCACAAAAGCAGGACGUCAUCCAUAGAACCUAUCACUUGUUGUACUGUAUGUUUUGUCAGGCGAUAUAUUAACACAAAAGGACAACUACACACUCAGCCAAGCUGGCCUUCUCUCCCCCCCUCGGACACUACUUAAACACAACAAA